AGGUUCAGAAUGGGAAGUCAAUAUCUUUCUACCCUUCUUUUUUCGGUUUCGGGAAAGUCACAGAAAAUAGUGGUAUUAAGGUUGAUGGUGAGCCACUUGUACUUGUGACCCAAAGUUAGUACUGCGAAGGUUAUUACGGGAAGAUUGACAUUGAAGUUGAACCUCGAUCGUCGACCGCAAUUCGGCAAAAUGGCUCAGUCGUGUAUACUUCUUCUACUCGGGCGGCUUCUGCUGUGUGUGUGUGUUUUACUGAAGACCGACACUGCGCUUUUGGUGAAAGGUCUAGGCGUUUCUAUCGGUCACACGGAGGAUGCGACGAGUCCAAAACGCACGUCCCUGUUGCAGCGACAUCGCGUAUUGGAGAAGGAGCGGCGUCAGCGCCUCCUUCUGAAGCGAAGCAAGGAAGCAGUCGGGGCAGGCGAAACGGCGCAAGCUGAAUCUCAAUCGACGGCGAUGCAGGGACACGGUGAUAAAUCUGGGCAACCACCACAAGGAGAAGCGCCAGGACAGCCGGGCCAGCCGCAGGUGCUGGAUCCGCCAUGUUGCACCUGCUGCUGUUGCUGCGCAGGCUUCUGGGCAAUCGUGCUUCUGGGGAUCAUUGUUGCCGCGAGCUGGUUCGCAAUUGACGCAGGAGGGGAGAUCGACGAAAUGAAGCGGCGAGCGGGACAAGGCCUAGUCGCCGCGGGAAACGCGGUACAGACACAAGGGGAAACGGGCGCAACGCCAACUGCAGAACCUGAAGCGCUAACCGUUGGAAGUGAUCAGACUGCACGGAAAAGAUCUAAUAUUCCGCCCCCGAAGUCCGCCGAGGAAACUGUGGCGGACAUCGCGAGCGCGGUCGCACGGCCAGCGAAUGCAGCCCGCCCGGUUCCAGUAAGGGAUGCCGCUCGAGGGCAUAAGAAUAGCGCAUCAGACAGGAGUAGUAGUCGACGUACCGCCAGUGACAAAUCGGACAAGAAGAAAAAGAAGAAGAGCCGGAAAGUGUCUGAAAGUCCUGGUGUUGCAGGCGCUCGCGUAUCCGACAGGGCCGGCAGCCGGGUGCUGAAAAAGAAAAAAAGCAAAAAGGACGCAGCUCUACCUCUCGCGGAAAACGGCGACGGCGCAGCGACUUUAGAUCAGUCGCGAUCUGCGUCAAUGAGCAAGCCCCCCGCACCAGAAGUAGACCGGGACGACGUCGCGCUUCCAUCCCGGAAGGGACCGCCGCCAGCUCCGGUGGAACAGGUCGCAGAGGAGGCGAAUGAAGCAGGAGAGGGAAAUAACGUGGAGACCUGGGUGGACGAGGACGGGAAUGUGCACACUAGGACCUCGAGUUCAGUGAAAAAAUCAGCGGUCAAGAAAGCAGUCAAAAAGACAACGACUACGACGACCACGCACAAAGCCCGCAGGACGAGUGCCGGAGGAACGGUGACCACAGAAGAGCAAGCAUAGGCACAUAGCAAAUCGAAGCUUUACGAUCCUUCCUGUAGGCGUGCCAGACCUGGCGUCGCGGUCCCCGGCGUCCAGCAUUUUUUUGAUUUUUUUGCCCUCGCUCCAGCUCCUUAAGUAGAUUGAGAUUCCUUAUGUAGACUACUUAAUACACAUUCUUCUGUCGUUUAAUCAUGGUCCUAUGAUUCCAUUUUUUUGAUAAAGCUGUACUGAAACAAGUUGGAUCAAUGUAAAUGUGUCAAUUUGGAACACGUGCUGCUGCUUGAGCCUUGCCGAUUCAAAAUGCUACCGGCGCAACUGAAACGCAAACGCAAGACGG